GUUUGCGUUGUGUGUGCAGGUAACAGAGAUGUGUUGGCCAGCCCAGGCUCGUAUUUCUUCCUGUCUAACAGCGCUGGUCAGGGUGACGAGUGGCUGAAGAGCCUCAACAAAGGAGUGUGGAUCCCUUUCACAGGGGUCUUUGGUCAGCGUCUGGAGGAGACGGUGCUCUAUGAGCGACGUUAUGGGGUGCGCUUGGUCCCUCUGGUGGUGGAGCAGUGUGUGACCUUCAUCCGGGAGCGUGGCCUACAGGAAGUGGGCUUGUUUCGACAACCAGGACAGGCCAGCCUGGUCAAAGAGCUGCAGGAGGCUUUUGAUGCAGGGGAGAGACCGUCCUUCGACAGCAGCACAGACGUCCACACGGUGGCGUCACUGCUGAAGCUCUACCUCAGACAGCUGCCAGAGCCUCUGGUUCCAUACAGACGCUACCAGGACUUCCUGCUCUGUGGUCAGAAGCUGUCGAGUGACCGCACACUGGGUUUGGGGGAGUUGAGGAAUCUCCUUCAUGAGUUGCCAGUUGCAAACUUCAACCUACUCAACUUUAUCUGCCAGUUUCUAAGUGAGGUCCAGAGUUACUCCAGCAGUAACAAAAUGAGCGGCCAGAACUUGGCCACUGUGUUUGGGCCAAACAUCCUCCGAGCCAAAGCUGAAGAUCCACAAAGCAUCAUGGGAGGUGCAGCACUGGUCCAAGUGCUGAUGUUGGAGCUAAUCAGGGAACAUGAAUCUCUGUUUGCCAAAUUACCCCCAUCCAUCUCCGCCCGUCCACCUGGAGGUUCGCGUGCAUCACCAAGUGCUCUGAGGCAGCCUCAUCUCCAUCCGUCGCCCUGCCUUCGCCAGCUGUCUCUGCCUCUUAUCACAGAGCGUUCCAGAGAGCCAGGACAGGCCACCACAGACGCACCGAAUCCCAGCUGUAUAAACUCUGCUGCUACCAAAUCAGAAUUGUCCUCUGGGCAGAAGAGAUUUCUCGGCCAUCGUUACACCUCCUCCCACCCAGAGAAUUGUUUCUCCCCCCUCCCCUCCUCCAGUCAGCCCUUUCAGUACCACUCUGACAGACACAACAUAGAUUUUCACCAGCACCAUGCUGGCCAAGGACCCUCCCCAGCAAAUGUCCAAGCCUCUACAACCAGCUUCCAACUACAAGACCCUCUGCCAGAUAGCUCCAGGCCGAUGCUUAUGGGCUGGGCAAAGGCCUGGCCCGGCUCGGGAGAGGCAGGCGCUGGUUUUUGGAGCUCUGGUGCUGCAGAGGAAGAGGGUGUAGUGCCAGAAACAGCCAGUAGGGACAGCAGUGAUGCUCAGGAGGACAGCACCCUUUCUGCCUACGACAACCUGGAGAAAGUGUCUCAACAUGAAAGGAUGGAAGAUGUCACUGAUGGACAUCUUGAAACCAACGAUCCUGGAGGCCAUAUUGGAUCUUGUGAAGAGGAGGCAGAGCUAGAGGGGGCAAGGCCGACAGGGGACUCCUCCUCUUCAUGGUCUUCUUGCGAGGUUCUACCAUUGGAUGAGAGCAAUGAUACUACGGGUGCAGUUAGUCCUGACAUAUCACCAAAGAGACCUAAAAGGUUACCUUCAAGUCAGAUAACAGAAGAGGAAAAGAGUGAUAAUGAAGAUCAUGAAGAAAACAACAAUGACAAUGAUGAGAACUGUUACAACAAUGAUCACGACGUUCACCACCCUAACUCCCCAGCCUCCUGUUCUGUACUUAGUGACAGCCCCCUCAGUACGGGCAGCUCAGAGGUUUUCCUCCCCUCUGGCCCUCCAGACCUUCAGGUACCUGAGCCUCAGCCACAGCCCAAGGAUGCUCACUCACUCUUGGCCGAGCUGCGGCAGCAGAUGGCCCAGCAGAAGGUCGAGUACCAGGCCAGGAUACAAAGGUUAGAGCGCUGUAAUGAUGUUUUACAGCGGCAGCUUGCGGUACUGCGGGUCAGUCUGGACCAGCAGAAGCGCAGCCAAAGUGUCGCCGAGAUCAAGAUCCGCAACAUGGAGAGAGCCAAAGCCGACGCCGACCUCCGAAACACCACACUGCAGAGAGAAAUGGAGCUGUUCUUCCAGAUGUAUGGAGAGUUCAGAAGAAAAGGAGGAGAAAGAGGAGGAGGGAGUCUCUAAAAAUGGAUAAAAUUGCACAGAGGCAUCAAAAAAUAAAGGAAAACAGGGAGAAAAUAAGAGUUUAUCUGGUCCAGAAGACAAUCUAAAAAAGUAAGACAGUUGUGUGUCAUUUCAACCAGCCUCAGGCUAAGUUGGUGAAGUUCCUGGUUUCCAGAAAAUGGCGCAAAAAUUUGAAUUUGAGGAGCAGCUUUGGAUGUCCCCGAGCUUCUUAGGUGGUUUACUGGAGAAACUGAUGGACACUCCAAGUGUCUUCCUGCUUAAUGCAAACCAGUGUCUUUCAAGGAAGCCUGAGGUGAGGUAUUAAUCAACAUAAACCCAGGUCUCCUUUGAGAAAUCAAACUACAUUCUGUACUGUUCUGAACUGAACAAACAAGAUCUAGAAGAGUGUAAGAAACUGACACCUUGUCCAGUCUUCAAGACUUUUAUGAUGUCAGAACUUCUGUACAUCUCACACCAAAAGAUUAUUUGUUUCACAGGCUGUUGUCAUGUUGACAAGGGGAUUCACAACCUCUAGAACUGUUCUCAAAUGAAGUUUACUGAUUACAAGAACUGCGACUGGAGUGCAUGAUCCCAAAAUUUCAGCUCAGAGUCAGCCCAUCAGUACAUCUCUUGUGUGCACAAAACACAGGGAACAGUACUGUGGCCUGUACUACGAAGGGAGUUCAACCUACUCAGAGUUAACUCAGGGUUAUCAGGCAAACUCAGGGUUGACAAACACUGACGGCCUACACCUACUACGACGGUGGAUAAGAUGUUGGUUAGUUGUGUCAGUGUUAACUUAAUUGGAGUUGGUGCGCAUUUGCAUAAAAGGGGUGUUUUUUCGCAACGUCGCAUGCUCCGUAUUUCUCCUGAGGAAUGUCAGUAUCGUGGCGGACGACAAAGCCAGGGAGGCUUGUUGGCAUCGCAUUGAGUAAAUUUGUAGCCUAAUUAUCUUCACAGUGUUCUUAUUGUAGUUCAAAUCUCUAUUAUGUAUUUUAUGGGCUCUUCUUUUAUGUGUAAUAUGAUUAAGAUGUAAAGGUACAACUGCACAUAAGGUCCAUUGUAAUAAACAAAAAGGAGCCAGCAUAGAGGGGUAGUCCUAAUAAUCCGAGAGAAAAUAUAAUUUCCAAGAUUAAUCUACAAGUAAAAAAUUUGAACAUUCUCUGACAUUAUAGUCACAAAUUUAUGAGAAACUUCACUUUGCAAGGCUGCAACAUCACACCCACACCUCUGCCGUGCAGUAUGCAUGCAUUGGAAAGCUAUGUUAAACUUUGCAAUCGGAUUUAUCAGUGAGGAAAUACUGAGUUUAGCCCACAGUCACGCACCUUAGAGACUUUGCCUUGGAUUGGGCGCAUUCAGAAGAAAACACCAGUGAUUUUCGAUGAUAAGUUCAGGGAAUUUCCAAUUCUCCCUCUUGUAAAUUUCACACUAUUUUUUUUUUCUCUGUUAUUAACCCUCACCCUGGCUCCCUAUGUUUUGGACAUGCAAAAUAGUCAAUCUAAAUAUGUGAAAACACUUAGGAGAAUUCAAUUAUAGACUACAGACGGGCUACAUCUAAGGAACGAUCCCGGUGAUUAAUUAAGACUUCUCCCUAAAAUCAUAGAGGCUGCAGGGCUCGCUGAUGCUGUUGUGUUCAGAACUUCAUUGAAACCCGCAGUGGAACAAAUCAGCAUGAAAUCUAAACACAUUUUAUGAAGUGGUGUGUAUUAAUAUCCUAAUUCUCAUCAUUAACACUGAGUACAGAUGUGGUGUGUAGUCCACCUGCAGGGUAACCUCGAGUUAACCAUGAACAAAUCCUGCUCGGAGCAGUUUAGAGAUUCAGCGUAAAUUGCCAUGACAACAGACCUCGCUUAUCACCUAUCCACUAGUGAUGGGAAAAGUCACUCUUCUGACAGACUCAAGUCAUCAAAUCUCAUUCAUUAAAAUGAACUAAUCUUUUUUUGUUAUUUCGUUCAUUUUAACUGGGCUGGUUAUUGCAGCGCUGCAGCCCUCUA